GGGGCGAGAAAAGGUCCGGGGGAGCGGCGGCGGCGGCGGCGGGUGCGAGUCGCGGUUUGCGGAGCGGGGAUGCGCCUGACGCAGAGCAUGUGCACCAUCGCCGAGUGCGCGCCCGGCGGGGACGGCCCCGCCACCGCCCGGCCCCGCCUCGUCAAGAUCGCGGUGGUGGGGGGCAGCGGCGUGGGCAAGACAGCGCUCGUGGUGCGGUUCCUCACCCGGCGGUUCAUUGGCGACUACGAGCGGAACGCAGGUAAUCUCUACAGCAGGCACAUCCAGAUAGAUGGAGAGAUGUUGGCCAUCCAAGUACAAGAUACUCCAGGAGUUCAGAUCCACGAACACAGCCUAGAUUGUAAUGAGCAGCUGAACAGAUGCAUUCGCUGGGCAGAUGCCCUAGUGAUUGUCUUCUCCAUCACAGACUACAAGAGCUUUGAGCUACUCAGUCACCUUUACCAUCAUGUUCGACAGCUGCAUCCAGGGAACACGGUCCCCAUUGUCAUCAUUGCAAACAAAGUUGAUCUCUUGCAUAUCAAAGAGGUGGAGCCUCAGCAGGGACUUCAGCUGGCCAAUAUGCUGGGCUGUACUUUCUAUGAAGUAUCGGUCAGUGAAAACUAUAACAAUGUCUUCAAUGCCUUCCAUCUCCUCUGUAAAGAAGUCAGUAAACAGCAAAUAACCAGCACCCCUGAGAGGAGGAGAACCUCUCUUAUUCCACGGCCAAAAUCACCCAACAUGCAGGAUCUGAAGAGAAGGUUUAAGCAAGCUUUGUCUGCCAAAGUGAGGACUGUCACUUCUGUUUGACAGCGGUGCCCUUGGUCUACCUGACAUUUUGCCGGAGAUUGAAACCUUGGGUAUUUAACACUGGCACAUCUAGAGUCCAAGGCAUGUGAUAGAAGGAGUAUAGUUUGAGUAGCCUUUUACAUGGCUGUAGAAGUCUCUAAGCAGUUGCUUAAAAAAGGAACGAUGUCAGAUUGGAAAAGGAAAAAAACCCCAAAACACAAAAACUCUUGAAAAAUAGUUCUAGGAUGUGACUUGCAGAACAGGUAUUUUCAUUUGGAAAAUGAACUUUUCAGUAAAUGAAACUGUUUGUCUUUACCCCAGUUGGACAGAUUUGGUUUUCAUUUGUGCAGAAACAACCUUUUAGCUGUAACUCAACUUGUACUUGAGCAGGGAAACGUCCUGAACCUCAGGUCACUGUUCAGAAGUAACCACUUAAGUCUUGUUCUCACGUGAAUUAAGGACACAGCAUGAUGUAUGUGUUUAAUUUUAUUGCACGGUAGAACUGUGGGGUUUUUUUCCCUGUAUUUCAAAACAAAUAAGCAAACAUGAAAUUGUUCUGUAAAAAGAAGUGUAAAGUAAGUGCACAGGACUGAGCAUCAAGACUGUAAACAAUGGUCCUUUAUUUUUUUACUAGCCAUGUUAUUGCAGACAACUUGACCAGAUUCUUUGUAUGCAAAACUAUUGUCUGCAGAGUGUAAUCGUAUUUAAUUACAAACAACUUUUUUAUGGUCUCCAGACUAAACGGUCCAACAGGGAGCUUCCAAGGAAUGAGUGUGGAGUUGGAGUGAUAGUCUAUUACAGAUGCCAUUUGAAGACAUCUCUGUCUCUCCUGUGUGCAGUAGGCAGAAAAGGUGUGAAGCAUGGCUGGCUCCAGGCAAUGAAGCUGGGGGCUUGUUCUGAGCGGAGCCAGACCUUCUUCAUUCUUAAAACACAUGGCAGAUUUAUAUAAAGAAUUUUUUUCUAAAUAUUGAGUCAAUGGAGUUCACAGCCUAAGGGCCUUAUACACAUGCACUUUAAAAAGCCAGUUGUGCUUUUGCUUAAACUGUAACUUAUUUAUUUUGUGUACAGUUACUCCUCCUAGGGAGUGGACUCUUCAUUCUUACUGCCUUGUUCAACAUUAAAUUUUUGAAUUGCAUA